CAUCUAGUGACUGCGGAACGAGGACGAGCAUGGCUGCCCGCGUCGCGUCGCUCGAGAACAGCGCGGUCAAUAUUGGCGUCUUCCGCGAGGAUACGCGCCGGCUGCUCUUCGACAUGCUGACCAAGUGCCACAUCAAGGACCGCCCGACGAGCAUCGCGCUCGUGCUCGACCCGGAGCUCAGCGGCCUCUUCCAGCACGUGCUCGUCGAAGGCGCGAGCAUCCUCAAGGACUACGACGUGGUCCAGUUCCGCGAGCUCUCGCCCGAGAUUGCUGAGAACCCAGGGUCGGGCUACGACGUUAUGGUCUUUAUCGUGCGCCCGACCGCGGCGGCGGCCAACGGGAUUGCGGCCAUCGUCAAGAGCUUGGACCCAAAGAAGGUGCGCUUCCACAUGCUGUGCACGCCCAAGCGCACGCUAGCCUGCGACGAGCUGCUCAAGAAGGCCGGCGUGCAUGGCUCGAUCGUCUUUGGCGAGUUUCCCAUGGACCUCGUCCCGUACGAAGAAGACGUGCUGACGCUCGAGCUCCACGACGGCUUUCGCGAUCUCUUUGUCGACAAUGACAAGUCGUGUCUCCAGACGAUCGCAACGUCGAUCAACAAGUUUCAAAUUCUCUUUGGAUUGAUCCCGCAGAUCAAGUACAAGGGCGCGAUGGCCAAGGUCGCGGUCGAGAUGGCGGCCCACAUGCAGAAGAAGCAAAAGUCGGAUGGCAUUGCGCUUGGGUCGGCCGAAGCCGAGAUCGACACGCUCAUCGUACUCGACCGCACGGUCGACCUCGUCACACCGCUCUGCACGCCGUUCACGUACGAGGGCCUCCUCGACGAGAUCAUUGGCAUCGCCCAUGGCUCGAUCCGCGUCGCGUCCGAGCUCGUGGAAGACCCGCCGGAGAAGCCCAAGGCGAACGCGCCGCCGCCGCCGCCGCGCCCGGCCAUGGCGACCGUGCCCCUCAACUCGAGCGACGAUCUCUACGCGGAGAUUCGGGAUUUCCACACGGAGCGUCUCGGUAUGCAUCUCCAGCACCUCGCCAAGGACAUUCGCGACCGCCACGAGGAAUUUCGCAAGAAGAACGCGUCGAUCUCGGAAAUUCGGGACUUUGUGAAGCGCAUUCCGGGCCUCCAGCAGCAGUACAAGCUCCUCAACCAACACACCAACCUGGCGCAGUUGCUCAAGAAGACGACCGAUUCCAAGAGCUUCAACGACAUGUGGUUCACGGAGCGGUCGAUGCUCGAAGGCCAAGUGCUCAUUGACGAACUCGAAGAAUUCAUUGGUGUCCAGGAACCGCUCCUCAAGGUGCUCCGACUGCUCUGCUUGCAAUCGCUCACGAGCGGCGGCAUCAAAGCCAAGGCGUACGACCACCUUCGGCGUGAAAUCAUCCAAACCUACGGCUUUGAGAUGUUACCCGUGCUCACGAACCUGGAGAAAAUUGGCCUCCUUCGCCGCCAAGACAGUCUCUUUCCCGUCGCGAGCUCGUCGGCGUUUCUCACCGUGCGCAAGUCGUUGCGCUUGAUCAACGACAAUGUCAACGUCAUGAACCCAAAGGACAUUGCGUAUGUGACCAAGGGGUAUGCACCACUCAGCGUCCGCCUCGUCGAGAUUGCCGCGACCAACAAGAUGGCGCACACCACGGGGUGGCGUACGAUCACCGAUACGCUCAAGCAGCUGCCAGGCCCGAGCGACGAGAUCAGCCAGCUCCCGCCCAAGUCGGGCGACGCCGACCCGGAUCCCAAGAAGGAAGGACUUGGCGACGAGGACCGCAAGGUCAUGGUGGUCUACUUUAUCGGUGGCGUCACGUUUAUGGAGAUUGCUGCGCUGCGUCACCUGUCCAAGCAGCCAGAAUGUCCGUAUGACAUCAUCAUUGCCACGACCAAGAUCAUCAACGGCAGCACGCUCAUCAAGGGCGUUGUCGACAAGGAGCUGUUGCCGUCGCUCAAGUUGUAA